CACAAAGUUGGUCGGCAUCACACUUCUUCCACACAUCAAACUCAAUGGAAGUACCUUCGACAUUGUGAAAUCCAUUGUCCUUGAAGAGGCAUAUCUUUAUAUAAUUUACUUGUAACGAUGAGACUGCCUUGUGAAGGUGUGAUGAUCAUCCUCUGCUCUUGGCAGGUUUUCCAGAUGAUCCCUGCGUCAGGAUUCUCUUCUCAAGGCGUAUCCGUGGCAACGGUUCCAAGGAGGAAGCACAUGUCACGAUCCGCCACAAUUGAGUCGACGCCUACAAACACAGAGCAUCAUGUUGGGGAUCGCCUUAGCUUGCCUCCGAGGAAGCUCCUGAUACAUUGGAGAGGCGAAGAUGUCGAAGGCUAUAGCUUUGCUUUUCGGCACCCAGAACUUCUUGGAGCGCUGGCUGCUGUCACCAACAAUCCACUACUGGAAUCGCAUGAGGACUCGUCACCAAUCCACUUUUGCAACGCUCUCAACUACAACGGGGAAUCGGAACUUCCAGAGGUCAAGCUGAAAGCCUUCAAUUCUGCCAUGCAAUGGGUCACCCAUCAUGGCAAGGCCGGACUUGAUGGCGGUGGUCCGUGGAUGAUUAGCAGAAACGACAUUGCCGUUGCAGCAUCCAGAUGUGCUCUGAUUCACACCAUUUAUGAAGUGGUAGCAGAGGGUCAAUCCUACAGUGACCUGGCAGUCCAUGCCAUGGAAAACGGAGGAUUUGAGGACAUGAUGACGGGGGGUGAAAAUCAGGAAGAUACCUGGGCAGUAAGGGUACGCCAUUAUGGCGGGGAAGCUGAUUCCAAGAAGGAGAGACGCAGUGGCACCCGAACGAGAUCCUGUACCAUGGAAAAGGAGGCUCUGCUGGCUCUCAAGCCGAUGCUGCUAAAGUUUGGUGGAGGUGUGGACCUGAAGGAUCCUGAUUGCAAAAUAAAUGUCUUUGAUGGGUUGGAUGGCACCGGUAGCGCCAACAAGGUGCUCGCACGGAAAAUGGGAACGGGACUUCCAAAGCUGUUCUCAAUUGCUCCAGCCACUCGGAUUUGUGUCACCACUACCCCCCUGGAACCAAUAGCCGCCUGUUCAUUGUGCAACAUUGCCGGUGUCUCGACAGAUCAAACUAUUUUGGAUCCUUACUCGGGUUCGUGUGCCAUUCUGUUGGCUGCAGCCAUGAUGGCACCCUCCUGUCAAACGGUAGGUGUCGACGUUGCCCAUGACGGCCUCAUCAACCGCGAUCACAUUCUGCAAGACUUUGAGUUUCGCGGAUUGGCUCGCCCAAAGGCCAUCUUUCGGGGCGAUUCUAUCGACCCCAUGGUCCGCGAUCGGGCCCGAGCCGCCAUUGGCGAGGAGCCCUUUGACCACAUUAUUACAGAUCCACCGUACGGAAUCCGCGAAAAGAUGGACGCCAAUGCUCCGUCGCCUCUGGAAGACUUGUUUACGGCCUUGGAGCACGACCGUGACCGGGGUCGCCGACUUUUAAAGGUUGGUGGAAGAUUGGUCUGUUUUGUUCCCUGCAACCCAACAGUGGACAUUCAAAAAGUGUUGCCCAGUCAGGCAAAGACAGAACGGGCCGGAAUGAAGUUCCUGCAAUCCCAAGAGCAACCCUUGAACAGUGGAUUGAGCCGCUGGCUAGUCUCGUACGAAUGCACCAAAUAACUACUAGUAUCUGCCUA